AUGCCAAUCAUCCCCGACUUCGAAUUCACUUGUCCAACUAUCACCUCAUUAGUCCAAGAAUCAUAUAACCAACAACAGCAACAAAGAACCCAUUUCAGUUUCUGGCCAGCGUUCUUUAAGCGUAACUUUCCUGUUAAAGAAAAUUCCGACUUAUUGACCCCAGAAGAGGCCAUAACUGUGGCUGCAUCUCUGACUAAUACGGAGGGAUCUAUGGUUGCACUGGGUUUCUUUUACUGGGCUAUCGAGCUCCCGAAAUUCAGGCACUUUAUGAGGUUUUAUCUUGUUCUGGUAAUAUGUUUGAUGAGAAAUGGAAACUCUGAGAGGGCCAAUGAAGUGAUGCAUUAUAUGGUGAGGAACUUUUGGGAGGUUGGUUUGCUGAAGGAGGCUGUGGACAUGGUUUUCGAGAUGCAAAAUCAAGGCUUGGUUCUCUCUGUUCAUACUCUCAAUUGUGUUUUAAAUGUUGCUGUGGAGAUGAGUUGGCUUGAUCUGGCUGAAGAUGUGUUUGAUGAAAUGUGUAAGAGAGGGGUUUCUCCUAAUUCUUGUAGUUUUGAGUCCAUGGUUGUUGGUUAUUGCAGAUUGAAAAGAGUUAUGGAAGCUGAUAGAUGGCUGGUUGCAAUGCUAGAGAGGGGAUAUCUCGUGGACAAUGCAACAUAUCUGAGGCAAGCAUUAGCAUUUCUUACUAAAAUGGUAAAAUCAGCUAUCAUGCCUGAUGUACAUGUAUACACAACCUUAAUUUCUGCUUUUUGUAAAGAAAAUAGAAUGUGUGAGAGUGAAAAGCUCUUUGAUGAUGCUUUUGUGAAGCUUGGGUUAGUUCCGACAAAACAAACUUAUACUAGUAUGAUUUCUGGAUACUUCAAAGCUAACAACACUAGCAUGGCCUUGAAGCUUUUUCAGAGGAUGGGUGAACAUGGUUGUGCACCAGAUAGUUUCACUUAUGGUGCUAUGAUCAGCGGACUUUGCAAGGAGUCUAGAUUGGAUGAGGCAAGAGCCUUAUAUGAUGUUAUGAUGAACAAAGGACAAUCGCCAUGUGAAGUUACUCGGCUGACUAAAGCUUAUGAAUAUUGCAAGAAGGAUGAGUCUUCUGUUGCCCUCAACCUAUUAGAUAAACUAGACAAAAAAUUGUGGGUUCGUACUGUGAGUAUAUUGGUCAGAAAGCUUUGCAGUGAAAAGAAGGUGGAUAUAGCUGCUAUGUUUUUUGACAAGCUAGUGGAGAAAACCCAUAAUGUGGAUCGUGUAACUCUUGUGGCAUUUAUGAGAGCUUGCUAUGAUAGCAACAAUACGCACAUGUCUCAAAUGUCUCAGAGAAGAUAAUCAGCCAAAAUGGAGAAUAAGUCACAGGAUAAUGACGUGAAUUAUCCCAUGUGGAAAUGGCAAAAUCCCUCAUAUAAGCUUGCAAGAAGUAACAUUGCUGGAAUCAGCUCUUUACUCCCCAGGCAUUGUCCUGGACAAGUCUUCAUUGGUGAUUGUUUCUUCUCAGCCGUUGCGCUUCUGUAAUUGAGAGAGAUUGCCAAGAACUUUCUGUAAGAUGUAUGUGGACUUUAUACACAAAUAUAUAUAAUUAUAUUAUAAGCUAUCAUAAAAUACUAGCCCACAUAAAGUGAUCUAAUUAAAUCAACUAAAGUUUGG